AGAAAAUAUUUCUACCACUGUGUCCGCUGCAUCGACGUCAAAUGUGGAGAUGGCUUUUACCCGGAAUCCAGACCAUGGAAGAGUCGGCACUUCACCUCCCCACUGUAGAGACAAUGGUAGACCCUAGGCCGCGGCCCUACCCGAAAUACUACAGCGCCCUAGCCCCACAGUUCAUUCGUGUAUUUGAACUCGAGGCGGGCGAGUUCUCCGACCCCAUAGUCGGACGUCUAGUCCCGCAGCCAAUCGACGGGGAGCCAUACGAGGCCAUCUCGUACGUCUGGGGCGACACGAGCGACCGACGCGACAUCACCGUCCAAGGCAAAACGCUCUCGGUCACCGCGAGCCUGCAGGCAGCGCUCACUGCCUUUCGCAACAUUCCCCUGCCCGACAGUGCUUAUGGCAGUGAUGCAGACGACGAUGCUUCCAGCCACUCGGGAGCCGCAGGAUCGGCACAGGUCAUGCAGCAGAGACGGCGACCCGUGAGACGACUGUGGGCCGACGCGGUCUGCAUCAACCAAGAGGACCUGAGCGAGCGCACAUCGCAGGUCGAGCUCAUGGGGCGGAUCUUUGCCAGCGCGCACCGCGUGCUGGCCUGGAUGGGUUGGGAAAAGGGCGUCGAGGGCCGCCGGCAGACGCGCGACGCCAUCCGGUUCAUCCACGACUUUAUGGAAGAUCCCGAGAGCCGUCUUGUCGAGGCGCGCAUUCUGCUACAUCACGACCCCACGGAUCCGCAUACAGUCGGCGACCCCGCGGACGGGACGCUCGCGCUGCUGUCGGAGGAGGAUCGGGCCCGGUAUCGGGAGCAGGCGCGCUGGUGGAGUGCCGUCAAGUUCUUCUUCGACAUUGAAUACUUUCACCGCACCUGGAUCGUGCAGGAGCUCGGUCUUGCGCGUGAGGCCAUCGUGUAUACUGCGCUCUGGCCUGGUGCAGACGCAGGAGAGGGCAAGUCCCAGCCGCUGGAGCUGCACUCGGUCGACUGGCCGCUUCUGGGCCGGUUCGUCAAGUUCUUGGACUACAAUGCGGCGUCGCUCGUGACCCACCUCGGGCUGCUCCUCUGGGUUGCGCACCACAUUUUGAUGAUUUGGGAGGUCAACAAGGACGGUACGCCCUCGUGCGAUUUCCUCACCGGGAUGCACUGGGCGCGCAUCCUUGGUGUGACGGACCCGCGGGACCGCGUCUACAGUCUGCUGGGCCACCCACUGGCCGUCAUGGAUGGUGUGCCCGUCAUCAAGCCAGACUACACAGUUACACGUGGCAUCGUAUACACAAAACUGGCCGUCACCUUUAUCCAAAAGACGAAGAAUCUCUAUGUCACCACCCUCGUCGACCACGAAGAGGACGUUUCCGUCGAGGAGAGGGACUGGGAUCCUGAGGACGAGGGUAGGAUGCCCAGCUGGGUGCCGGACUGGCACAGCAUCAACAGGACCACCCCACUGAGCUACUCGGUGGUGCCGGCUGAGGAGGAAGACGCCGACAUCCGCAUCGAAGGUGACAUAGACGGCACAAAGGGGAUGCCCAUGCCGCACCUCAUCGUCCGAGGCUGGGUGAUUGACGAGAUCGCCGGAGUGUCGCACCGCAUGGAGACGGCCGACUUUCCCGUAACAAACCUCGCACGAGAGCAAGCAAAGAAGAACCCCUUCUGGCUGGAUCGACUGUGGAAUGUGGUAUUCCCCGCCGACGGCUCCACGGAUGGCAACGCCCUCGAGGUCCUGGAAUCACUCUCUCUGGCCUUGCCGCUGGGCACCAGGGAGAAGGACGAGCCGAUGACCACAGCAGGCUCCCAGCAGCCGCUGGCCGAGCAUCAACGGUCGUUCGCCGCCUAUGUGGUCGAGUACCACAAGCUGCUCCACUCGGUACCCGAAUGCCACGGUGGAGGCGAAAACAUCAGCUACCUUCCUGAACGCUCGCUGCUCGACAUGCUGCCGCCCGACGCACAGGCCGAGAUUCGCCGUCGUGCCAAAGGCGCCACGGGCGAGAGGUUCGUGGAGUGCAUGACGUGGCCCUCUAUGUGUCGGGUCGCGUACCGGACGGCAUCGGGGCUCGUCGGCAUGGGCUCACGCGUCACGCGGCCAGGUGACCUGGUAUGUCGCGUGAGGGGUUCGCCAGCCUUGAUGACGCUGCGUCGCAUCAGGGGUGGUGCAGGGUGCAACCACACCAUGGGGGCCGAGAUGGACACAGGGGCGGACGACACUGCGACUACCUGCUACGCGCACGUUGCGCCCACCGUCGUGCCGGCCCGCAUGGUCCGAGGCAUCACGGACGGCGGGGAGUUUGGCGAAAAACCUGCGGAAUUUCGCAUAAUCUAGAACGUUGGAGCUUUUGAAGGUCGGCUCUAAAGUCUACUCACGCACUCGUUUGGAAGUAUGUCCAAGUCGUCAACAAACGCGCAUUUUUAAGGCUUGGUGAGCUUCCUUGGUGGAGAUGCCAGCUGUCGACAUAAAGCCUGCACACCAUUGGUUUCCAACCCAUAUCCAGAACAGCAUGGUACAGACUGUACAGUCAACGCCGCUGGGAUGCCACGGCAGAUACCUCCGCUGUCCAAGUCCUGAGAAAGUCGUCAACAUUUACGUUGCCUUCUCGCAACCAAAACACGCGACUGGUUGUAGAGAAAUUCCACGAGAGAAGUAGUUAUGCCCGGAAACUCGAGCGGGAAUGAAAUGCCCUAACCGAGCCUGGAGCUAUUCUACAUAGCCAAGGAAUACUCUACAGCGUUCAAGAGGUGUGUCUGCAGUGGGUCUGAUCUAGAAACUGUCUUGUAGCGGAGCAAAGGCUGUGUCAGUCCUAGGUUUGGUUGCGAGAAUCUACAGAGGGGGAGGGAAGACGCUCAUUUAGCCGUCUCCACAGCCCUGGAUUCAGGGUGUUUAUGUUAGACAAGACGUGGUUGUGUCUAGCGGGACCUAAUAGAUGAGCCCCUGGACCUGAACAGCCCAGAAUUUUCUUUCAACAAUCAAGGGAGCCUUUCGUAGCAAUUAAACAAAGGUAAGCGAUGCACCAUUUGAAUAUAUCUACAGCUUAGUAUAAAGGAUUUUGC